AUGAAGAUUUUCGCAACAUGCCUUACCAUCACUGCUGUGCUGGCACAGUCAGCUUCGGCGCAUUAUAUUUUCAGCAAACUCGUUUUGGACAAUGAAGUUUCAGAGGAUUGGCAAUACAUUCGCGAGACCACUCGGGACAAAUGCUAUAUGCCUACCAAGUUCAGCUCCACCUUCGACAAUCUCACCCCUAGGGAUAGCGACUUCCGUUGCAACCUGGGAUCUUUCAGCAAUGCCGCAAAGACUGAGGUUGCUGAUGUCGCUGCUGGUGACACCAUUGCGAUGAAGCUAUUCUACGACGGCAGCAUUGCACACCCCGGUCCUGGUCAAGUUUACAUGUCAAAAGCACCUACCGGUAAUGUGAAGGAGUAUGAGGGAGAUGGUGACUGGUUUAAGAUCUGGGAAACAACUAUCUGUGAUGAAAGCGGCGAUCUCACUUCUAGUGCUUGGUGUUCGUAUGGAAUGUCGCAAUUCGAAUUCCAGAUCCCCAAGAGCACACCAGCCGGCGAGUACCUCGUUAGAGCUGAACAUGUUGGUCUUCACGGCGCGCAAGAUAACCAGGCAGAGUUCUUUUACAGCUGUGCACAGAUCAAGGUUACCGGCUCCGGCAGCGGCUCUCCAAGCAAAACUUAUAAGAUCCCGGGCCUCUACGAUGAUACUAUGACUUUGUUCAAUGGUCUUAAUCUCUGGACAGACUCUGCGGAUACGGUUAAGAAAGAUAUUGCAAACACGCCAAUUGGUGAUGAGAUUUGA